AUGAUUGAAGAUAAUCGACUGGAAAGUGUGGAAAUUGUGGAAAAAUCAGAAGAGAUGGUAGCGAGUUUACAAAGUACUAUUCCUGGAGAAGAGAAUCUACAAAGUACUAUCAUUCCUGGAGAAACGAACCAACAAAGUACUAUCAUUCCUGGAGAAACGAACCAACAAAGUACUAUCAUUCCUGGAGGAACGAACCAAAUACCAAAAGCUAUCGUUCCCCAAACGAACCAACAAAGUGCUAUCAUUCCAGGAGAAACGAACCAUUCCACAUCCUCCCAAUCCCCAUCCUUAUCCUCAUCCGCUUCAUCAAUUGCAGAAGAUCAUGAUGGAACACACGACCUCGAAUUAGCUCCUGUGGUAUCUGGUCCACCAUAUUCGGCUUUUGGUGUAUGGAAAAAAAGAUAUAUUGUUGGAAUGUGUACAUUGGCAGCUUUCAUCUCACCUACAUCGGCAAAUAUUUACUUUCCAGCUCUCAAUCCACUCGCCGCUGAUCUCGGUGUAUCAAAUACCCUCAUCAAUUUAACCCUUACAUCUUUCAUGAUCUUUCAAGGUCUUGCUCCUACAGUUUUUGGAGAUUUGGCAGAUAUGGCUGGAAGAAGACCUACAUAUAUUAUUGCAUUCAUUAUUUAUUUGGGUGCAAAUAUUGGUUUGGCUUUACAAAAUAGUUAUGCUGCUUUAUUCAUCUUACGUUGUGUACAAAGUUGUGGAAGUAGUGGUGCUAUCGCUUUAGGAUUUGGUGUGGUUGCAGAUGUAUCAACAAGUGCUGAACGUGGUUCAUAUAUGGGAAUUGUUGGAGCUGGUACAAUGAUGGGUCCUGCUAUUGGUCCUGUUAUUGGUGGUAUCUUGGCUCAAUUUUUGGGUUGGCGAGCUAUCUUUUGGUUUCUCGUUAUUCUCGCGGCCUUAUUCCUCAUUCCAUUUACUCUUACGGUUCCAGAAACUGGUCGUAAUGUUGUUGGUAAUGGAUCCAUUCCACCUCAAGAUUGGAAUAUGACAAUUAUUGAUUGGUGGAAAUAUCGAAAAGAUCAAAAAUCGGAAAAUGAACUUUCUCGAACGGCAACAGCUGAAAGUAGAAAACUUGCUCAAGCCGAUCUUGCAAGUAAACGACAAUUACGAUGGCCAAAUCCUUUAAAGACUGUUUAUAUUGUCAUGGAGAAAGAUGUUGCUGUGGUAUUAUUUUAUAAUGCUUUACUUUAUACAGCAUUUUAUGAUGUCACAGCUUCUCUACCUCAACUUUUCAAAGAAAUUUAUCAUUUCAAUGAUUUACAAAUUGGUUUAUGUUAUAUUCCAUUUGGAAGUGGUUGUGCUUUGGCUAGUAUCAUUAAUGGUAAGAUGCUAGAUCGAAAUUAUCAAAAAAUUGCUCGAAAUAUUGGAUUCAAUAUCGAUCGUAAGAGAGGUGAUAACUUGAGACAUUUUCCAAUUGAAAGAGCUAGAUUAGAAAUUAUUUGGCCUCUUUUAAUCAUGGGACUUGCUUGUUAUUUAUCUUAUGGUUGGGUUUUGGAAAAGAAUGUCAAUUUAGCUGCACCACUCACUCUUCAAUUUUUCUUAGGACUUUUCAUUAAUGGUUCUUUUAAUAUUCUUAGUACACUUGUUGUUGAUUUAUAUCCACAAAGUCCAUCUACGGCAACUGCAGCAAAUAAUUUGGUACGAUGUUUACUUGGUGCAGGUGGAACAGGUAUUAUUACUAUUAUGAUUGAUCAUAUGGGAAGAGGAUGGUGUUUUACAUUUAUUGCUCUUGUAUGUAUUGUUACGAGUCCAAUGUUAUGGAUUGAAUUGAAAUGGGGACCGAUUUGGAGAGAGGAGAGAAUGGUAAGAAUGGAGAAAGAAGUUGAGAAGAAUAGGGAGGAGGAAGAGGAGAGAAAAGUUGGGGGGGAAGUUAGGGAGGGGAAUGAGGAGAAAGUAAGAGGGGGAGAUCAAGAGAGGAGGAAGAGGAGAAAGUAA